CGCGCUGGUCCUGAAAGCCGGAAAUCAACCGGAAAGGGAAGGCUUAUUUCGCGCCAAAUUGAAACAACAGAGUAGUCAAUCUGAACGGCAGUGGAGCUGAGACACACGUCACCGGAGUCCACUUUUAACUUUUCAGCCGUUAUUUUUUCUCAGUCGAGUGUCGCUACCAUGGAGGAGGCCAACAAGCUAAUCGGCACCGGCAAGAAGCACCUGGUGAUGGGGAAGGCGGUGGAGGCGGUGAGCGCCCUGCAGGAGGCCUGCGGCAUGCUAGCAAAAAAGUUUGGAGACACAGCCGACGAGUGCGGAGAGGCUUUCUUCUGGUACGGAAAAGCACUCCUGGAUUUGGCACGGAUGGAGAACACAGUCCUGGGUAAUGCACUGGAAGGAGUGCCUGAGGAAGAGGAGGAGGAGGGAGAAGAAAAACCUCCAAAAGACUCCAACAUUGAGGGCACAGAAAAUAUUGAUGAGAAGACCAGGGACGAGCUGAGGGUUCAGGUGUACGACGCCAUGGCGGAGAAGAAAAAGGAAGAGGGGAAGCAGAGCGAGGACGCAGAGAAGGCCGAGGCCGGAGAUGAACAACGGAAAACUGAAAAAGUAGAAGGAGACGAGGAAAAGAAACCUGACGUCAAUGGAAGCAAGCCUGAUGAAAGCAAAGACGAGAAGGCAGACAAGGAGGCCGAGAAGGAAACUGCUGUUAAGGAAGACGAAGAAAAAUCGCCUGAAAAGGAAAAUGAGGAAGAAAAAUCAGCUGAAGAGGAAGCAGACGGCGAGGAAGAGGAUGGCGAUGAAGCAGAAAUGGACGGUGAUGCAGAAGAGCAAGUUGAAGGAGAAGGCACUGGUGAUAAGGACAGCGACGAUGAGGAGGUGGGGAACCUACAGCUGGCCUGGGAGAUGCUGGAAGUGGCUAAAGCUAUCUACACAAGGAAAGACACUAAGGAAGAUCAGCUAAUGGCAGCUCAGGCUCACCUCAAGCUUGGGGAAGUUUCUGCUGAAUCAGGAAAUUACACUCAGGCGCUGGAGGACUUCCAGGAGUGUCUGAAGCUGCAGGUGAAGCACCUGGACCCAGACAGCCGGCUGCUGGCUGAGACUCACUACCAGCUGGGUGUGACCUACAGCCUGAACCUCCAGUACACUGAGGCCAUCGAGGCACUCAACAGCUCCAUCGCCGUCAUAAAGAGCAGGCUGGAAAAACUGCAGGAGAUGCUGGACAAGGCUGAGGGUCCGGAGGCUCUGCCAGACGAGAGGAAGGAGAUGGAGGAGCUGAAGGCUCUGCUGCCAGAGAUCCAGGAGAAGGUGGAGGACGCCACCGAAGGCCUAAAAACAGCCAGCUCUUCUGCAGAGGCUGUGAAGGGUGUACUGGACGGAGCCUCCACUUCCUCUUCAUUCCCUGGUUCCGCUGUACAGAACGGCGACUCUUCGUCCAACUCAGCAGUUAUUGGCACGUCAGCCAACGGAGUCGCUUCAACCAAUGGCGUCGGCUCAACCAACGGACACGCCUCCACAGCUCCAGUCUCUGACAUCUCCCACCUGGUCAGAAAGAAGAGGAAACCAGAGGAGAGUCCAGUGAAGGAGGGCGCCGUCAAGAAGGUGAAGCAGGCCGACGUUCAGGAGGCUGACACUAACGCGGCUCACAAAGCCACAGGAGAUGCCAACGGACACGCCAUGGAAGUGGAGAGUAAGUGAAUCCAGACUGCUGCAAGUUUAGCCUCCGUUCAAGAAGACGCCGACCAGCAUGACAGCUUCACGCCCAUGAAGAGUUCUUACACUUGUUUGCUGCUGUAAAUAUGUGCAUGUUUUUCUAUGUGUGUUAAUGUUUAUAACAUAAAGCUGAAUAAAGACUGUUGAAUAAA